GGCUCACAAACGCGUCUGAUUGUGCUAGCGGGCAACAGGGAUCCCACAGAAGAGCGGACGGCGCUCUGCCGAACAACGCGGAUGCCGGAGUCGUUCAGGACCGGAGGUCUCCCCACGCCCCACAAUCCCUAUGCUCCAGUCCCCUGCCGCCGCGAGGCGCGGGCAGAGCGGCGGAGUCCCCAGGUUAUCCUCCCUCCUUUCCUCUCGCUUCUUCGGCGAAGGCUGCCACACACCGACCGCCGACGGGGCGGCGCCGGCAGCAACGGGGACAUCGGUGCGUGGCGCCUCUGAACGGUUGCGGGGCAGCUCCCGCCACGCCGAGCCGGGGGCUGGCAGCACAGCCGCCCCUGCUCGCGCAGAGCGGAGGGGCGGAGGGACGGUGGCCGCGGCUCGCCCCGAGUCUCGAACGCCGGGGCGGUGCGGCCGGCGGGGGCGGAGCCGCGCCCGUGACGCGGCGCUCCGGCGGCGGCGGGGCCGGCGGACGGGCGGGGGCUCUCUCGGCGCGGAGCUUUUGCGCUGCGGCCGCAGGAGCUCCGGUGGCGGCGGCAGCGCUCCGGCCGGGGAAGGAGGUGGCAGACUCCGGCGUCGCGUGCGGGCAACGAGGGGGAGUGGAGCGGCUGCUGAGGCGGCCGGAGGAGGAGAAGGAGGAAGGAGGAGGAAGGGAGCGGGGAGCAGCGCCGCUUGGUCGGCCCGGCGGUGCUGCUGCCGCCACUUCCCCGCUGGGCGCUCUCCUACCCGCGAACUCGAUCCACUCCCGGAAACUCUCGACUCUCCUCUCAGUCUCGCCGGCGGGGUCUCGACACGGCUGUCGGUCUCGGCGAGGCGGGCGGGGGGCAACUUCUCGCACUUCUCCGGAGAAGGAUUUGGGCCGCCCCGCUCCGGGGGCAGCGCCUGCGGUUCCCUCCGCGGCGGGAGAACUUUAGCCUCCGAUCGCGGGGCGGCGAGAGGGGCCCGGGUACGCCGGCCGCGGCGGGAGCAGCGCGGCGGCGCCGGCCCGGCAGCCGCGGAGAUGAAGCUGAGCCGGCAGUUCACGGUGUUCGGUAGUGCGGUCUUCUGCGUGGUGAUCUUCUCCCUGUACCUGAUGCUGGACCGCGGCCACUUCGACCACCCGAAGAGCCCCCGGCGGGAGGGCACCUUCCCCAAGGUAUCUUUGUGGAUCCUGCCUGUUUAUCAGGGCCAGCUUUCAAUAUUGCAAGAAAAAAUAGAUCAUUUAGAACGCCUGUUGGCAGAAAAUAAUGAGAUUAUUUCAAACAUACGUGAUUCUGUGAUCAAUCUGAGUGAAUCAGUAAAGGAUGGGCAAAAAAAUCCAGAAGCUGUAAACUUCGGUCCAAGAUCUGUUUCUGAGCUGUUCCCUUCUGCUUCAGUUUUGCUUGCAGUUGAUUCUGAGGAUUGUUUGUUUGCUUCAAAAAGUAGAAGUCACAGUUCAGGUGUACAGAUGCUGGAUGUCUAUGACAUUCUUCCUUUUGAUAAUCCAGAUGGUGGCGUUUGGAAACAAGGAUUUGAUAUCACAUACAAUGAAAAUGAAUGGGACAGUGAACCACUUCAAGUUUUUGUUGUGCCUCACUCACAUAAUGAUCCAGGUUGGCUGAAGACUUUUGAUGAUUACUUCAGAGAUCAGACACAGCAUAUUUUAAAUAACAUGGUUAUAAAACUGCAAGAAGACAACCGAAGGAAAUUUAUAUGGUCUGAAAUUUCCUACUUUUCAAAAUGGUGGGACGGAAUAGAUAGCCAAAAAAAAGAUGCUGUUAAAAGGUUAAUAAAAGAUGGACAAUUUGAAAUUGUAACAGGAGGAUGGGUCAUGCCUGAUGAAGCUUCUUCUCAUUAUUUUGCUUUAAUUGACCAGCUGAUAGAAGGACACCAGUGGCUAGAAAAGAACCUUGGAGUAAAACCAAAGUCUGGAUGGGCAAUUGAUCCAUUUGGGCAUUCACCAACAAUGGCCUACCUUCUGAAGCGCGCAGGAUUUUCCAAAAUGCUUAUACAGAGGAUUCAUUAUUCCGUUAAAAAACAUUUUGCAACACAAAAGACACUAGAAUUUUUUUGGAGACAGAACUGGGAUUUGGGAUCCAGUACAGAUAUUCUUUGUCAUAUGAUGCCUUUCUAUAGCUAUGAUGUUCCUCAUACUUGUGGCCCGGAUCCAAAAAUCUGCUGCCAGUUUGAUUUCAGGCGACUUCCUGGAGGAAGAAUAAGUUGCCCUUGGAGAGUUCCACCAGAAGCCAUUCAUGCUGGAAAUGUUCAACACAGGGCUUGGAUUAUAUUAGAUCAAUACAGGAAGAAGUCAAAGCUUUUCCGUACAAAAGUUCUGUUAGCUCCACUUGGGGAUGAUUUCCGCUACACCGAAAGCUCUGAAUGGGAUCAGCAGUACCAGAAUUAUCAGAAGCUGUUUGAUUAUAUGAAUUCUCGUCCUGAGUGGCAUGUUAAGGCCCAGUUUGGAACUUUAUCUGAUUACUUUGAAGCUCUGCUCAAAGAAAGCAAUUUGGGUGAAAAGAGCAGCAAUUCACUUUUUCCUGUUUUAAGUGGAGACUUCUUCACCUAUGCAGACAGAGAUCAUCAUUACUGGAGUGGGUACUUUACAUCACGACCCUUUUAUAAGCGCCUGGACAGAGUCUUGGAAUCCUACAUAAGGGCAGCUGAAAUUCUCUACUCCUUGGCUUUAGUACAGUCCAGUAAAUCUGAGAAGAUGAGUGUAUUUCCUUCUGUGGAUAACUAUAAAUUGCUGACAGAAGCUAGGAGGAACCUUGGACUCUUCCAGCAUCAUGAUGCUAUUACAGGAACAGCCAAAGAUUGGGUAGUUGUGGAUUAUGGCACCAGGCUUUUCCAUUCAAUAAUGAAUUUGAAGAAAGUAAUAAUUGACUCUGUUCAUAUUCUUAUCCUAAAAGACAAAAGUGCUUAUAGCUAUGACACAGCAACUCCACUCCUGAAGAUGGAUGAUGUUCAGGCUUCUCAAGAUUCUUUGCCACGCAAGACAGUUAUAAAGCUGACAUUGCAACCCAGAUACCUUUUGAUACAUAAUCCAACAGAACAGGAGCGAUUUUCAGUGGUUUCCGUCAAUGUGAAUUCACCCAGAGUCAAAUUAUUGUCUCCUUUGGGAAAACCUGUUACUGUCCAGAUUAGUGCUGUUUGGGAUGGAGCAACUACAGUAUCACAUGAAGCUUAUCAGGUGUCUUUUGUGGCACAUCUGCCACCUCUUGGGAUUGGAGUUUACCAGCUUCUGGAGGAUGAGAGUUCAGAAGCAGUUUUAGCUGACUAUAACAUAUAUGUGAGGAAUAGCAGACAGGAGAAGCCAGAUAGAGUUUUCAAGAUAAAAGAGAUGCAGCAUGCUGUGGAUAAUAUAAUCUUGGAAAAUGCAUACAUGAAGCUGUGGUUUUCUGGAAUGUCUGGAUUACUAGAGAAAAUAAACAGCAAGGAAGAUGGUAAAAAUCAUCAAAUGAAGGUUGAGUUUGCUUGGUAUGGAACUACCAGUAACCGAGAUAAAAGUGGAGCUUAUCUCUUCUUACCAGAUGGAGACGCCAAGCCUUAUAUUUUUACAGACCCACCUACCAUUAGAGUUGCUCAUGGAACAAUUUUCUCAGAAGUUGUUUGUUUUUUUCACCACGUGACACAUACCAUGCGGCUGUAUAAAGUCCAGGGUUUGGAAGGUCAGUCUCUUGAAGUUUCCAAUAUUGUGGACAUAAGAGGGGAAUAUAAUCGUGAACUUGCAAUGAGAAUUUCAUCCGACAUAAACAGUCAAAAUAGAUUCUAUACUGAUCUUAAUGGAUAUCAGAUCCAGCCUAGACUGACGAUGAGCAAGUUGCCUCUUCAAGCAAAUAUCUAUCCUAUGACUACCAUGGCUUAUAUCCAAGAAGUUGGCAUUCGUUUGACACUUCAUUCAGCUCAGUCUCUAGGUGUUGCAAGCUUGAAAAAUGGUCAGCUGGAAGUGAUCAUGGAUCGUCGGCUUAUGCAGGAUGACAACCGUGGCCUUGGACAAGGUGUUCAAGAUAACAAGAUUACAGCUAAUGUCUUCCGACUGCUGUUGGAAAGAAGACAUGGAACAGAUGUGAAUGAAGAGAAGGCACCAGUCAGUUUUCCAUCACUUCUUAGCCAUAUGACUUCUCUCUUCUUAAACCAUCCUGUAAUUCCAAUGACAACAAACGCAGAUUCAGGUGUCCCAGAGUUGAUAAGUACUUUUUCUCCGCUGAUGUCGUCCAUGCCUUGUGACAUGCAUAUAGUCAAUCUGAGGACAAUCCAAGCAAAAGUAGAUACCAAACCGUCUGAUGAAGCUGCUCUGAUUCUUCAUAGAAAGGGAUUUGAUUGUAAAUUUUCAAACAGAGACACGGGUCUGCUCUGUUCUACCACUCAGGGAAAGAUAAAGGUGCAUAAACUCUUUAGCAAAUUCAGAGUGGAAAGUCUUACACCCACAUCUUUAUCUUUGAUGAAUUCACCUCCAGAUGCCAGAAAUAUAAGUGAAAUAAAUAUGAGUUCUAUGGAGAUAAAUACAUUCCGGAUUCGGCUGAGAUGAAAUCCUGCUUUAAUACUCAGAUAAAGAAGAAUUUGCAAUUGUAUCUCCUCUGAGUUUCAUGUGCAAUAAGAGGCACAUUAAUGUUAUUCCAACUUCUGGAUACUGUGAGAAAAAGAUGCAUUCUAUUUUUUUUUUUUUGACCAACAUAAUGAAAAGCCAUGUUGCAAGCAACUUUUUUUUUUUGUUCGGAUAUUUUCCCCCAUAAAAUAGUAUCACCAUCUUCAGUUAAUACAACAAAUGAAGAAAUUUCUAUGAAUGUUAACCUCUCAGCAGAUUUAAUCUCAGGUUAUAUGCUAAUUAAUGAUGUUUCUGGUGUUUUAAUUUUCAUAAACAGGGGAUUAGAUUUUAAACAGCCUUCUUUUCCUGAUUCUUGAUGAAAUUAUGUGCGAAUAAAUCAGUGUAAAAAGUCCUGAUGCAGCUUGGAAAUAAAAUGGAAUAAAAUUUU